AUGGGUCGAGCUCCUUGCUGCGACAAGGCUAAUGUCAAGAAGGGACCUUGGUCACCUGAAGAGGACGCUAAACUCAAGGCUUAUAUUGAAGAAUAUGGAACUGGUGGAAACUGGAUUGCUCUUCCUCAGAAAAUUGGGCUCAAGAGAUGUGGAAAAAGUUGCAGACUCAGAUGGUUAAAUUACCUGAGGCCUGACAUAAAACAUGGUGGAUUCUCUGAAGAAGAAGACAAUAUCAUUUGCAACCUUUACAUCAGUAUUGGCAGCAGGUGGUCCAUAAUUGCCGCCCAAUUGCCUGGAAGAACCGAUAAUGACAUCAAGAACUACUGGAACACCAGACUAAAGAAGAAACUCCUUGGACGGCGCAAACAAUCCGCCGCCAACUGGGUAGCUUCCUCUGGUCAGGACCCGAAUGAAAACGGUGGUGACGACAGUCAUGCUCAGGGAUUAAGCAGCUCCGCCCUGGAGAGGUUGCAGCUCCAUAUGCAACUCCAGAGCGUCCAAAAUCCUUCAUCUUUCUACAAUAAUCCCGCUCUGUGGCCUAAACUUCAUCCUUUCCAGGAAAAAAUGAUCCAAAGACUUCAAUCUUUGAACUCAACGCAUAAUAUUAACAUUCCUGUUCCGCAAAAUGUUCUUCCUGGUCAAUCAACUGCUCCUCCUUUAACAAUUCCUCAAGAUUAUAAUCCUCGGAUCACCGACUCGAUUCCAGUUGACACAAACAACAAUUUCAUCGAUCAAUCGGAUGCAACGAAACAGCCGGUUUCAACAUUCCAAGCUGAGCUGGAAAGUUUUUUAUAUAAAGAGGAAGUUGAAGACGAGCUUCCACAAUUUGAGUAUGUGAAAGCUAACAAUGGUUCUAAGGACAAUUUGUUACGGUGGGCUAAUGAGUUCGAAACAAAUUCAGCUUCCUCAAACUCGUGGGAUUCGACGCCUGUUCUUCCAUCUGAGGGGAUGUUUCAAGAUUUUGAAUUAGGUUACAAUCUGUAGCGUGUUUGAAAAAAAAUUAACCAGUUUGUGUAGCUUAUUUUGCCAUGGUCAUAA